CACACUAGUGAGGGCUUCACCAUAAAAUGGAGGAAGGCAGAUGAGUAUCCAAGGAGAGCCCUGGAGUCAGAUAGGCAGGAUCUCCCCCCCCACCUCCCCCCCUCACGCCAGAACAAAGGUUGUGUUUAGAAAAAGAAAGAAAGAGAGAGAAGGGGGGGUUAAAAAAAAGAAAGGCUCGGCCACAUCCUCUUCUUCCUCCUCUUCUGCUUCGUUUUCAGCUCGGAAGUUUUAGUCUAAGAGGAAGCAGAAGAACUCUAAAAAGUGAGGUUAGAUCCUCCAGUGUGUGUGUUUGUGUGUGUGGGGGGCCUUUCGAGGUUAACUUCUUCAUUUUUAACCCCUGGCUUGCUUGUUUAAGUCAUCUUGAUUUGAAAAACUUGCUUUUCAAAUAUUUCUUUAUUUUUGCUAGAGAUGUACUGCUGAGGCUUCUGGAAAGUGUGCGCUUGUGAUUGGCUGGGGGGGAGCACAUGGAUGAGACAGGAAUCCUAAGGCUCAAUAAUGCAGUGUUUUGACCAUGCAAGUAGUUAAUGUUCAACAAAAAGUGGAGUCAACACACACACUCACACAUGCUCUCUCGCUCUCUUCUCUCUCUUCUGGUUGAGUGUGUGAGGGUGAAGUAAUGACUGUCGCAAACAGUUUCUUAAAGGAAGUUCUCAAGAAGAUUCUUUUUUCUUCUUCUUCUUUUUUUACUCCGUGCUCUGGUCAGACGAGGGUUCAGAUACUGUCAUGAAUGUGCUUUAAAUUUUGCUCCCUUAUGGCUUCCCCAUAAUUUGCAAAGGAAGCAGGAGCCUCCACUGUGCACGUUACUGUAAGGCUCUACAGACUUAUUUGGGACUUAUUUGAGAUUCUGGGUCCUUUUGGAAAACUUAUUUUAGACUUGCGAUUGAGGUUGUUGGUCAUUUAUUAACAGCCUCUCGGUUGCAAUGCGCUCCGCGUUCGCUCUGCAAGCCUUGGGUGACUUUUCACACAUUAUAUCCAAAAGGUGUCUGUUGACCAGCCUGGCAGGAGAGUGUGGGGGUGGGGGGCUUGAAAGCUGUAGUGUGUUUGUCUGUGUGUGGGUAGACGUUCUGUGUGUGUGUGUGUGUGUGACAGAGAAGGAGAGAGAGGGAGUGUGUGAGGUUGUGCUACGCUCUGCAGUUCCCCUGGCCGCUGUGUGAAAUCUUGCUGACAAGGAGACUGUGAGCUUGACACACUGUGCUGCGACAAUGCCGGGGCUGAGAGGAGCAAUCAAAAUGGUGGCGAGGCUCCUUCUCCCCGGCGUGGCAGGGCAAACAGGUUCUCGAGGAGGAGCCAAUAGAGGACAGAGACGGGCAGGAAUCUGCUGCGGCGACACAUUUGCCUCGCUGCAAUGCAAUGGAUGCAGUCAGGUGGAUGGUGGAUGUUCUGCAGAAACAAGCCCCCGUGAUCGCAGUGUUUUGUUCCCGCUCGGAGUGUGCUUCUCUUUGCACUUGCAGUUCCUGUAAUAACUUUCACAAGUCUCCAGCACAUUCGUGGCCUAUUCGUACUACGCUGGCGGGUGACCUAUAGUCAUAUACCAAAGCCCCCUGGACUCUGUGAGGGCCCCUGAAGUUCCCUGUAGGAAUUUCUUUGUUAUAAUUCGGCAAAUGACACUCAUGUGUGGCAGUAACAUGUAUAUGUGCCACACAUAUGAAUUAAAAACUGAACAACACAGGGUCCUUAAAGUGGCUCCUGUAUUUUUACAUAGCCUGGAAGGCCACUAUCUGUAACGGCCAUAAGAAAAUCAAUCUCUCCUUGGGAAAUAUGUAUUUUGUAAGUGGAAACUAGUGUGCUGGUAAACAAAAUAGGCUUGGAAUUUAGACUGUAAAUAAGAGGAAACAUCUUGUGCCCCUUUCCUGCUUGUAUUUCUGAGACUAAACUAAGAAUUUCACAGAGCCAGAAUGCUCUACUCAAAUUUGAUCUUGGACUUUUCCGCUGCUCUGUUUAGUGUUUCACUCUUCUGCUCGCUUCGUGUCUACAAAAGCAUUUCUCUGCUGGUGUAAUCAUCACCAGUGUUGUACAGAAAACCUUGGGGCAGGGCUGUGUGGGAGCACAUGUGUUGGGUCUUUGAGCUGCAUGUUUCUGAAUGAUCUUCUAAGAUUUAACUGAAGUCAUGUGAUGACACGAGCAGAUGUGCACCAUCAUGUUGGACUGAAAGGCUAUCGCUGAAUGUCCCAAUGCGCAUUCCCUUCUUCCUGUUGUCUCACUCUUCCUGUUUUAUUCUGAAAGUCCCGACCAAAUGCCGUGACACUGUGACCUCCACUGCUCGAUUACUGUUUGUUCUAAAGAGACUACACCUCCAGGACCUGUAGUAAUUCCAGCGAAUGUUGCCUUAAUUUGCAUUAAGUUUGAAGUGGAGAAUGGCAGUUGGGCAGUGCUGUUGUUUGUUUAGUAAUAAAUGGUCUGAAAAGCAGAUCAAGAUCAUCUCUGAUCGGGUCCCCCUCUCACUUGUGAUGUGGUACAGCAGACAGUAGUGUUUUGGGUUUUAUUUUAUUCUUUUGAUGGACCACUUUCUGUCUGACUGAAUAUUUGCAUGUAGCGCACGCUCGUAUCAAACUGUUUGAAUUUUAGCGCGGCAUAGAAAGAAAAUUUUAAUACUCAGUGUUACCAUAGCUCAGCUUUAAGGUGGCGGGGGGAGGAAUUACAUAACUGGAUUUGUUUGCAAGGUUUUUCAGGAUUAUGUUAGAAAAGCUUGACAGAGAGGACGGAGGAUCAAACAAGAGAGACUUCUGUGAUGGUUUGAAUGCUCGGAGGAAGUGGUCAUGAAGCUCAUCACCCCCCUCUACACACACAAACACACAUACAUGCAUACAGCUGCUCUCUCUGUCCUUCCCUCCCCUCCCUCCAUCUCUUACUCACUCACUCACACUGGGUGAUGCACGUCUCCAUUCUUCUCUACCUGGGGCACUGAAGAAGGCUAAGGAGACGCACAAAAGCAAAUUGAAAUGCUCCAGUGAGUGCUUUCUUGACGUGAUGCAUGGCUCACAAGAUGCAAGUGUAGCAGCAGGGCCAGGCUGCAAGUGUAGAUCCAAAACACCACAGUCAUCACAGCACAGCUGCAAGGGGGGAAAAAAACCCCUCACUAUUUUCUCCUGACCUUCCUGCCUUCAUAAGUAGCCACCAAACACAUGCAUGCUCUUACAAUAUGCCCAAACCUGCUCUGCCCAUCUGAAUAAUUUAAUGCUGUUUAACUGUAGCGGGUAUAUUUGAAGAACUAAAAGGCAAUAUCAUGUCAGGGUUUAAGUGGAACAAGGAAGUAGCUUCUUAGAGGUGUCAUUCCAGUUUCUGUUGUCAGUUGCGACGUUAUACUGCUGCAAAACUGGUUCCUCCUCUCUGCUUUCCAUCAGAACAUCAACAAUUCAACUGUGUCCCGAGGAAGAGAAAAAAAUGCUUGUGUAGCUCAGUGAAGCUUGCAGUUGUGCCCUACCUUUAUCUAGAUCUGCUGAUCUUUUCAGCGUGCAUAUUUUAGGCAUGCGAGGGACUCGUUUUGUUGAAAUUCAAGGUCUAAAGUGGCCGUGCUGAAGAGACAGCUCGUCUGGUGGGAUAAAUUAAGCAGUCUACACAGCGUCCUCAGGUUUCCAGCCUAAAUUCAGGAUUUGUGCUGUUCUCUGCUAAGACACAGUGAACCAGCUCUGUCAGUCUCGAGCUGCCUGUGGUGGGGAGGAAGGAAAAAAAAAAAGGAGAAAAAAAUUCUUUGGAGACGCCCGUUCCUUGGGCAGUGUGGUGCCACCAGACAAGGCCUUCAUUGAGCAGAAACAGGAGUGGUCUUGUAGAUGGGAUCCACAGUGGCUCAGCUUCCGAAGCAACAGAACUGUCCAAGGACGAUUAAAUAUUUAAGAGCUUGGAAAGGAGGUCUCAGUGGUUUCCCUGAUUUUCCAGGGAGUUCUCCCCAGUUUUAAUAAUGGAGGUGUUGCAAUGUGAUGGCUGUGACUUCCGAGCCGAGUCAUACGACGACUUGAAGACUCACAUACAGGAAGUGCACACUGUUUUUCUGCAGCCUGCAGAUGCAGAUGAGUCUGAUUCCCUGAAAGAUGAAGAUGAAGACGAGGAGGAAGAAGAGGACUAUGAUGAUAAAGAUGACAAGGAUUAUACGCCUCCUAAAUCUGGAAUGAGCCCCAACUCUACUGACAGUCCCAACCAAACAUCACAAAAGCCAACAGCUGAAACUCAUCUGCAGUUUUAUCAGUGCAAGUUCUGUGUCCGUUACUUCAGAUCAAAGUCUUUCUUAAGAAACCACACCAAAAAGGUGCAUAAUGUCAUAGAGCCAGAUUCGGAUGCAAGUGUCUCCUCAAAGACUGCAAAGCAGCCCAGCUACACUGUCAUAAUGCACAGUGACCAUUCAAAAGUGUAUUCCUGUCAGUAUUGCACAUAUAAGUCCCCAAGGAAAGCACGGAUAAUGAAACACCAACUAAUGUAUCACAACAAAGUUCCUUCGGAUAGUGCUGGAGAUCCCCCGGAGUGCAAUGAAAGCGGUGAGAAAUCGGACUCUGCUACUGAGCUCAUGAAGGGAACGUUUGCCUGCGAGUGGUGUGACUAUCAGACCAACCAGAAGGACAGCUGGACCAAUCAUGUGGUGAAGGAGCACAGUGACAAGGUCAAGAUAGUUUCCUGCAUUGCGGAGGUGGAAGAGCAGGCAAGUGCAAGCUCCCCCAAACCGGAUUCUCCCUCCUCUUCCAGUGCUAAUGUUAGCGGAAAGGAGGAGUCUGUAGCAAAAACACCAGAAAACACAGGGGAGAAGUCCACCUCAGAGAUCUCAUCCUUUCAAUAUGCACAGAUAAGUGCAGUUACACCCAACAGCACAGGUUCUUCUAUCCUAUCCAAGAGGUUUGCAUCAUCCGAUGUCCCCAACAGUGCGAUAGCUAUGGACACCAACCUACUCAAUGAGGAAGACUCGAGGAGCAGCUUAGAGGACGAUGACGACGACGAAGAGCUGGGUGAUAUGGACGAUCCCAGCUACACUGGAACCCUGUCCGCAGAUGCAAAGCAGCUAUUAACAGAUGAAGAUAAUAAAUUAUUGGAAACUAAAGGAAUUCCCUUCAGAAAGUACAUGAACCGAUUUCAGUGCCCAUUCUGCUCCUUCCUCACCAUGCACAGGCGGAGCAUCUCCCGCCACAUUGAAAAUAUUCACCUCUCUGGAAAAGCCACGGUGUACAAAUGCGAUGAGUGCCCAUUUAUUUGCACCAGCCCUCUGAAACUAGGCACACACAAACAGAGCCACAAUUUUUCAGAUUUAGAAACCUUGGACCUGACAGGUGAUAGCCCAGGACCUCAGAAUGACAGCGCAGCAGAGCCAGUUAAUGAGGGUAACGUGAGUUCUAAAGUCAAUGGGAAAAAGACAACCAGCACACCAAAUGACCAGCAGAACCCUCACCGCUGCACCCUCUGCAGCUUCUCCACCACCACCCUGAAAGGUCUGAGGGUCCACCAGCAGCAUAAGCAUUCCUACUGUGAUGACCUCGACUCCACUGUCUUUGAAGCUCAGCUGUCUGACCAGCCAGACUCUGAAGUAGAUGCUUCUCCAAUCUUCCUACAAAAAACCCAGACCCCCAUUUUAGGGCUUGCCACCAAAAAGCCCUUAGUAACAGGGAAAAGAGCCAGGAAGUCCAUUAAUGACUUGCCUUUGGAUUUGUCCUCAGUCAAAAAGAGAACCAGAAUUGAUGAAAUUGCCAGUAACCUUCAAAGCAAGAUAAGCCAAAGCCAGCAGGACACCGUCAUUAAUCUGGAUGACAUGGAUGAUGAAGACGCGGGAGAAAAUCAUGCCAGCGCUGAUGAGGGGAGAAACAAUGAAAACAACUCUGUCUUUGCUUACAACACACAGCAGCUUUAUGCAAGAGACUCUGCCAGCUCUAAUGAGGGCAGCAGAAUAGGGAAAAGAAAAAGCAACCCUAGGUCCAAGCCUAGAAACAUCCCCAUAUCGCUGACUCUCUCGGACGAUAGUGAAAAUAUCUCCGCUGAUGCCAGUGACAGUGCUAUCCAAGAGAACAUGGAAUAUUCAGAGGAUCCUGGAAUUACACGCUUCUACUGCAAACACUGUGAUUACCACAACAAGUCGGCUCGUAGCGUCAGCACCCAUUACCAGAGGAUGCACCCUUACAUCAAGUUUAGUUUUAAGUACAUCCUGGACCCUGAAGACCAGAGUGCAGUCUUCCGCUGCUUAGAGUGCUACAUCGAAUACACAAAUUACAACGAUCUGCACCAACACUACAUGGACCACCACCCUGAAGCAAGCAAUGUGCUCAACUUCAACCAGCCCCAUCUCUUAUACAUGUGCCGGUUUUGUUCGUACACGAGCCCUAACGUGAGGAGCCUAAUGCCCCAUUACCAAAGAAUGCACCCCACCGUGAAAAUCAACAACGCCAUGAUCUUUUCCAGCUAUAUUGUAGAGCAGUCCCACAAAAGCAGUGAAUCACAGACUCUGAGGGAAAUACUCAAUUCGGGACCGAAAAAUUUUAACUCUCCCACUUCGAUGCCCAGGUCCACCUCAAGCCCGGUGCAGAAAGCGGUUUCCAAAUCCCCUGAAGCUAGCGCUGACCCAGAACCUCUCAAAGAAGGCAGCAAUGUUGUCGUCUACGAUUGUGACGUGUGCUCCUUUGCAAGCCCCAAUAUGCACUCUGUUCUGGUCCACUACCAGAAAAAACACCCAGAGCAAAAGGCGUCUUAUUUCCGUAUACAGAAAACCAUGAAGGUCAUCUCAGUGGAUCAGUCACAGCCUGUAGCCAACUCUUCGUUUAACACCAGCAUGUCUUCGACUCCAAAACAAUCAAGUGCAGCAGUUUAUGGAUCAGAUGAAGAAAUGUAUUACUGCAAGCACUGCGUGUACAGCAACAGAUCUGUUGUUGGUGUUUUGGUCCAUUAUCAGAAAAGACACCCGGAGGUGAAAGUGACAGCGAAAUACAUCAAACAUGGCGCUCCUACCCCUGGAUUGAUGAAGCUCAUGGAUGAGCUACAGAUUGCAGCACCCAAGCAGUUUAUGAAGCAGUUUCAAAAUAACGGUCACGACGGAUCUAAUAACUCGAGCCCCAAACCCGGAAGUGGUGAGAAAGGCGAGGAUGAGCUGUUCUUUUGCCAGCACUGUGAUUACGGCAACCGCACUGUAAAAGGCGUGCUUAUUCACUAUCAGAAAAAGCACAGGGAGACCAAGGCCAACGCUGACCUUGUGCGCCGCCACACUGCAGUCGUCCGGAGUCAACGUGAGCGAGCGCAGAUGGUUCAGUCCAGCGUCGCCUCGUCUGCCGCUGUCCCAGCUCCUCCAGACCCUGAAAACACUACACCUCUGCGUUCCCUGAAGUGCAGGCACUGUUCCUACACAUCUCCCUACGUCUAUGCUCUGAAGAAGCACCUAAAGAAAGAGCACCCUACUGUGAAAGCCACAGCCAUGACAAUUUUACACUGGGCUUAUCAAGAUGGUAUCUUGGAGGCUGGCUACCACUGCGAGUGGUGCAUUUACUCCCAUGCUGAACCCCAGGGUCUGUUGCUCCAUUACCAAAGACGCCACCCUGAGCAUAAUGUUGAUUACACAUACAUGGCCAGCAAGCUGUGGGCUGGGCCUGAGACAACCCAACAGGGAGGCAAUGCAGAGACGAAACAUUACAAGUGUAGGGACUGUGCCUUUGAGGCUUGCACAAUAUGGGACAUUACCAAUCACUAUCAGGCGGUCCACCCCUGGGCUAUCAAAGGGGACGAAUCCGUGCUUUUGGAUAUAAUCAAAGGAAACGGCUCAACUGAAAAAGCCCAACAGCAGGUUUCCAAAGAGCAGACGCCUCUGAAUUGCCAGACUGUUGAAGAUGACGGCCCGUUGGUUAUUGCCACCCCACCUCAAGAAAGCAAUCCCCAGCCUCACCACCCACGCCUUUCCAUCUCUAACAAUCCUUAUCAGUGUACUGUAUGUCUGUCAGAGUACAACAGUCUGCAUGGCCUCCUCACCCACUAUGGAAAGAAGCACCCUGGCAUGAAAGUGAAAGCUGCAGAUUUUGCACAGGAGGCAGACCUCAACCCCAGUUCUGUGUAUAAAUGUCGCCACUGUCCGUAUGUGAACUCCCGGAUCCAUGGAGUCCUCACCCACUAUCAGAAAAGACACCCGUUGGUCAAAGUCACAGCGGAAGACUUUGCAGACGACAUAGAGCAAAUCACAGAGUUGCACGAAGGGGACGACAAGUUCAAAACUCAAAGGCAGGGCUACGGCGCGUACAGAUGCAAAAUGUGCCCGUAUACACAUGGGACUCUGGAGAAACUCAAAAUCCAUUAUGAGAAAUAUCACAAUCAGUCUGCUUCCGACAUGUUCUCUCCUUCUCUGACUCAUUUUUCUUCUGGUAAAGAAACAGAGCUAGCAGGUGAGUGCAGCGCAAGUCAUAUAUCAAGUGCAGCAAAAGUCCAGGAGGUCAGUGAGUUGGACCUUGCCCUCUCUCAGUUACCCAUCAAUAAGACAGAAAAACACGCUGUGUUCAAGUGUCAGCUCUGCAAAUACUUCUGCUCGACCAGGAAGGGCAUCGCUCGCCACUACCGUAUCAAGCACAACAACGUCCGUGCUCAGCCGGAGGGUAAAAAUAACGUCUUUAAAUGUGCUCUGUGCUCAUACACAAACCCCAUACGCAAAGGCCUGGCAGCACACUACCAGAAGCGGCAUGAUAUCGAUGCUUAUUACACCCACUGUCUGGCUGCUUCGAAGACUAUGAAUGAAAAGGUGAACAAAGUGAUGGCACCCCCGCCGACUGAAGGGGACAAUUCAGAAAUGAGCGAAGAUUUGCGAUUAGCUGUGGAGAGACGGAGGUGCUCUCUUUGCCCCUUCCAGGCCUUCAGCAGGAAGAGCAUUGUCUCACACUACAUUAAACGCCACCCGGGUGUCUUCCCUAAGAAGCAGCAUUCGAGCAAACUCGGCCGCUACUUCACUGUCAUUUAUGCCAAAGAACCCGAAAAGACUGCCGCGAGUGCAUCAGCAGAGGACGAUAAGGAAGUGAUAGAGGUCCCGCUCGAACCUGAGCAGGAUGGAGAUGUGGACUGGCUGCCAUUCAAGUGUCUGAAAUGCUUCAGGUUGUCUUUUAGCACCGGCGAGCUGCUCUCUAUGCACUACAACAACCACCACUGCAACGACUUGAAGCGGGACUUUGUGGUAUCUCCUGGUCUCUGGGACGAGGAUCCCGAUUUAUAUCAGUGUUCUCACUGUGAGCUGAAGUUCCUAGAUCUCCCCGCUCUUGCUAAACAUCUCCUGAAGCACAAUGAGGAGUUUCAGAAAAAGGCGAUGAGGCACGAGAGAAGGAGGCAGCUCCUCAGCAAGCAGAAAGCCACAGAGCUGCCUGAGAGCAAACAGGAGAAGGAGAGUCCUGUAAAUAAAACUCCCAUCGGAUUCAGGUGUAACUUCUGUGUAGAGAUACACCCAACCCUCCGAGCCAUCUGCAACCACCUUAGGAAGCAUGUCCAGUAUGGUGAGGUCAAAGAGGGGCAUGUCAAGCAGGAAGUCAGCGAGGUCCCCCUGAUCCUACCUUCAGAGAGCCUAACUAAUGGCAACAUGGAGGGGGAUGAAGCUGCCGAAGUCGACGGCCUGGAGAGACCCGGAGCCACGCCCAAAGAUUCUGAUGAUGCCGCUGUUACCGUGGAGAACCUGGAUCCUGAGACGGACGCUGGUGAAGGAAGGGCGGCGGCCUUGGUGGCCGCAGCCAGGGCCGUAGUGUCAGAGGGCCAGCUGAAGCAGCGGCUGGCAGCAGGGGGUCACCCGUGCGCCCAGUGCGAUCGAGUCUUCAUGUCCAUGCAGGGCCUGAGGUCCCAUGAGAGGAGCCACUCAGCCAUGGCGCUGUUCAGCAAAGAAGACAAAUACAGCUGCCAGUACUGCCAGUUUGUCUCGCCCUUCAGACACAAUCUGGACCGACAUGUGCAGUCUCACCACGGGCACCACAAGCCUUUCAGGUGUAAGCUCUGCCCCUUUAAAUCUGCCUACGUGAGCCGCUUGAAGAGCCACCUGCAUAAGGCACACACAGGUGAGCAGCACACAUACAAGUGCUUGUCCUGCCCCUUCACUUCUAUGACCAUCAGCCAGCUGAAGGAGCACUCUCUGAGAGACCACGGUGAAGUCUUGACCCUUCCCAAACUCCGAGCAGCCAACCAGGCUGCGCAUGCCACCCUCAGGCCCCCCCGACCGGCCACUAAUCCAGAACAGACUCCCCUAGCACCUGAUGAUCCGUCAUACCUGGAGCCAGUGGAUGUUCGUCAGCAGCUCAGUCAUUACCAGCUGGCCUCCCGCAGUCAAAUGUCUUCCAGCUCGACACCUGGUGGCUCAACGGUGGCCGACAAUCGUCCUGAGAAUAUCCUCACGUGCGAGUUCUGUGAGUUCAGCUCCGGAUACAUGCAGAGUCUACGGCGUCACUACAGGGACCGUCACGGUGGCAAGAAGCUCUUCAAGUGCAAAGACUGUUCCUUUUUCACCUGCUACAAGAAUACCUUCACCAUGCACGUAGAGGCGGGUCACUACAACAACAUGCCAGAAGACCUCGCUAAAGACCUGCGCUGCCCUCUCUGCCUUUACCACACCAAACGCAAGAGCAACAUGAUCGACCACAUUGUUCUGCACAGAGAGGAGCGCGUGGCUCCAUUGGAGGUCAGCCGCUCCAAGCUGUCACGUCACCUUCAGGGCCUGGUUUUCCGUUGUCACAAAUGCACCUUCACAUGCUCCAGUGACCAGGCCCUGCAGCUGCACCUGCAAAAGCACGCUGAGAUCAAGCCCUACCAGUGCCAGCUCUGCUAUUAUGACACCAAUAGACGGAUCCAGCUAGAGGACCAUCUACGCCUUGAGCACAAGGUAAUCCGCAACUUUGAACUGAUGGGCCGGGUCAACCUGGACCAGCUGGACAUGAUAAAGGAUCAAGGCAGCAGUGCUGAGGAGGAGGAGGAGGAGGAGGAGGAGGAGAGAGAAACUAUGGAGAUGGUGUCAGAUGGAAAAGUGGCUCUGGAGGAGGAAGAGGAGGAAGCGGAGGAGGAGAAUGACGAUAAUGAUGUGGGAAUGGAAAUCAUUGAGAACAUGGUGGAGGGCCAGACAGAGAUGGACGAUGAAGAGAUGGAGGAAAACGUCAAAGACGAAGACGAUGAGGUGGAAGAAGUAGAAGAGGUGGAGGAUGAGGAGGACGAAGACGAAGUCCAGGAAGUGGGGGAAGGGAAGCCUGCCCCUCAAGAAGUCCUUGCAUCUCCCAUCAGCAACAGCAGCAGCAACAGCUCUGGGCCAAGCAGUGCAGAGAAGCGUAUUCCAUGCGAGUUCUGCGGCCGCUGCUUCACAAACAGCCUCGAAUGGGAACGACAUGUCCUUCGACAUGGCAUGAUGGUUAACAACAGUCGACUGGACACCAGCACCACUUCAGCAAUAGAGGCCUCAGCUUCAUCUUCCACCGGCUCCUCUGUGUUUGCAGACACAAGACUGGACCUGUCCAGCAACAGAAAAGAGGACGGGAACCCCACUGAUCUAUCUUUGGCAAGUCAAAGCCAGUAUGUGGAAGACAAAGAAAAGCUUGACACCAAAAAGGAUCAACAGUUCGGCUGAAGCGAUUGUGGCCUCUUGAGAUGCUGUGCUAGAAAGUGAUAAGAUUGGGUAGGAUCAGCGCCGAGUAGUGGGAUCAGAAAAUAAGAUGUCAAAGGAAACAAAAGGUCGAAACAUUAAAAAAAAAAAAAAAAAAAGAGUUUUUAUGAGUUGGUGCAUUAUUAGAUUUUAGAUGUUACAUAUAUAAGUAUUAGGUUGUGCUGCAUAAAACGGCUAAGCUCUUUAAAUGGGCGGUCCCCUAGGACAGAUUUUAAUAUAUUGGUAACCAAUAGUGAACAGAACUCUUUAUUGCUGACAUUCUGGUCAAAUCCACAGUAAAAGUUCCCACCUAGAUAAACUCCACUAUUUAUAGAGAAUGUUGUCCAAAACGAGAAACUAAAUUUUAGCAUUUUAUUAUUUGAAGCACCUUUCACACUCCUCCCCUGCUGAUUCAACACAGUGGUACUGAAAUUUUACCUAAAACAAAAAGGCAUGAAAGCAUUUACAGCUGUGACCCACUGUAGACCAAGCUUUUCUUAUAUUUUAUCAAAAUUUCAGAGGUUUUUUUGUUGUUGUUUUUUAGUGAAGUGUGUGGAAGUAUUUUUGGAGAAAUAGUGGCACCUUAUGUAUUUGAGUAAAAUCACAAAUCUUGUUCUCUCCCUCUGCAAAUUGCCCCAACGUUUGAUCGGAAUUGCUAUAAUUUUUGGUCCCUUUAGUAUUAUACUAUGUAUAAAUCUUUGGCCUGUGGCACCCUUUGCAUUUUACUUCUACUCCUUUUGUUUUUUUGGGGGGGGGUUUUUAUUGUCCAGAAAUUCACUGUGAAAAUCAUAGAAAUAAUGGGAUCGGCUUUAAUCUCCUGUAAGAUAUUAUGUUGAGUGUAGUCCGGGUUUUCCUUUGCCCUCAGCAGAUCCCACAACGUCUCUCCACAGCCAGCUGAUUUAUUGUUUUUUUUGGUCCAAUAAUUUUAGAAUAUUAAAUGAAACCGUGGAACAUUUUACCUUCAUACUUUGAAAUUCUUCCGAGUUACAGCCUCCCCAAGUACACGAUGGUUGCUAUUGCCACUUUCUAUUUCAUAUUCUAGCCUUUUUGAACCCCCAUAACCUGUAAGGGACAGAAGGAUCUUUACAGAAGAAUAAAGUUAUCAUUAUUACUUAAAUUGAUUUCCAUAGCAUGAAGGUAAAAAAGAAAAGCAAUGUAUAAGUACCACUCCAUUUGUCAUUCACCACGAUUUUGCAUUGCUUCAUUGAAUAUACUGAAGUUAUUAUACCAAAAAAGGCUGAUUGUGAGGUGGAAGUGACUUUAACAUGGAUUGACCUAGUGAUUUGUUUAAUGUGUCAUGACCUUACCUGUGUCCGUUAAGGAUUAGCCUGGAUUGCAACUACCAGUUUUACGAUCAAUGGCAACUUUUCUGAGAGACAAAGAUUACACUUGUCUUUUCAAUGCAAAAUGUGUAAUCAGGUGUGCCUGAAAUCCCGCUCUCUCCUCGUCCUCUGCGGAGGAGUAAGAGUCCACGCCUCCGCCGAGAUCAGGAGGUUCUAACCGUAUUGGAGUGGUCUGGUUCACUGGAUUACACUGUGCACGGGGGAUCGGACCAUGCCAAGUGUCAACCCACCACAGCUGUGUUUCAAAACCAGUGCACAAGUGCCUUAAAAUGCAGCUCCCCUUACGGCCGCUAUAUGGCUUUUGAUUGCUUUAACAGUAAUAAGGAAUACACCAAACGUCCCUCUAAAAUUUCAAGUUAAAGUUGUGUGUUUUUCCGCAAGAAUUUGCUCUAUAUGAAUCUAUUCCAAUGUGUGCCUUAUUGGCAAUAAUUAAGAUCAGAUCAGAUCGAGUUAAAUUUAUCUUUAUUGUAAUUGCACAGAGCAAGUACCAGAAAAGUAAAAUGUGAUUUAUCAUGUAGCGCAAAGAUAUUGAGACUUUUAGCGUAACCAGAUUACCAAAAAAAACCUAUUCUAAUCUAAUCCGCCAGAUAUAGUUUUAGUCACUCAACUAUAUGCAUUUUAUUUCUUUUGACCUCCCCGAUCCACUGUAAGCACAUGGGAUUUAAUUAGUUAUGCUCACAUUAUUGAGAGUUCGAUAAGGAGGAUAGUGUGUAUAUAGAAGGAAAAGCUGCUUUUGAUUAUUUUUGAGUGUUUGUUUCAUGUUUUCGCACCACAAAUGAUAUCCCGGGCUAAACUGAGUAUGUUUGUAGCCUUCUUUGUUUCUUUGAAAAAUGUCUGGACCUUUCACUGUCACCUCUGUUGAUUAGAUUAUGGAAAGGUUGCUCUACUGUAUUUGUAUGUGCUUGCGUUGAGCAUUCAAACAUAGGCUUUGAAAUGUCUCUUCAGAAACACAUGGCUGAGGCUAAGGGAAUGGCCCUGUUUUGCUAUAGUCUCCGGCCCAGUUUUAAAAAAAUACAAUGAAAAGACAAGUGUAACCUGAGCAGGAAGCUCUGAAAACAUUUGUUUCUACGUGUAUAGGAAAAAUCUAUAGGAAAAAUAUGAGACAAUGUUAAAGAUUCACUGUUUUUAAAGGUCUCAAAUUCCCUGAUCUUAAAGACCUCUGGAAUUUUUUUUUUU